AUGUCAAAAAGAGAUUCAGAUAAGACACAUCUUCUUUCAGAUUCAGAUAACAAGAAACCUGUAGAUUAUACAGACGAACCAUUAACGAAGAAGUCCAAGGCAACUACAACAUCAGAGGACUGGGAGAAGAUUCCUCUUCUCGCUAGUGAAUCACAAGAUGUGUUUAUCGAAAUGAUGGAUGAUUCUUCAGAUGAUAAUGAUGGUGGGAAUGGGAAUAAGAAAAGAAGAGAUGAAUCGCUCAGACAGAUGAUCAAAGAAUUAUCCAACCAUAGGAAGGCGGCGUAUUUGGCAACUGUUGCUUGGUGCACUAGUUUAUCAAUGGUUUUGGUUAUAGUGCUAGCAAGUAUAGUUGGAGUGCACCAUUCCUAUGUACUACUUGAUAGAGAAAUCACAAAUGCUCAACUAAUUGCGGCAACGAUAAAGCUUAGUGUUCUCUUUGUCCUUUUCUUGACCGCUCUGCUUGUUGGUCUCUUCUAUAUGCUACGGCAACUGUCGAUCGAGAAUGAGGGGCAUUCUGUAAAGUAUCGAGUGAAGAAGUAUCUAGUUUUGAUUUCUGGCACUGUAAUUUCAACCAUACUUAUAUCGACUGGACUAUGCUUGCUUAGAACCGCUUUUAUCAAUGUUACUGGAGCCGAAACUGGGUUCUGGAUUAUUUUAAGCUUCCUUGGUGGUUUAGGUGCCUUCGGAUAUUUGUUCAUGAUUGCUAAGCUCUUUAUCAAUCUUCGGCCUUCAACAAGAAUUAGAGUAUUAUUCUUGAAGAUCUUCCUUCUACUUGCCGUAACAGCGCUCAUGAUUGUGGCUUUAGUCUGGGGAUAUUAUCUCUUAAAGAGUCUCGGAUUUAAGCAUAAGACAUUCUUCUCCAUUUAUGAAGGCAUUGGGUUUGAUGUCGGAAGUCGGCACACUUGGUAA